AUGCGGCUUGUUGGGAUUCUUGCUUGGCCCUUAAUGGCCUUUUGGGUCGUUGUGACCAACAUUUUUGAAGUCGUGAAGGACUUUUUCGUGCGUCUCAUCGCGCCAUACUCUUCCCCUCCCCUCGGAAUUCCUCUCGCUGAUGCCGUCCGCAUAAUCUGGGAGCGGCGCCGAGCCCGUCCUGCCUGGCGUCGCCACCAUUUCCCUGAGCCUCUCAUUGUCUUCCGCCAAUACAAUCUUGAACAUGAAGACGACUACUGGGAUGCUAUCGCGAGGAUUGAGGCCGCUGAUAUGGCGCUCGCUGAUACUCCUAGUAGUCGCCCUUUUCUUCAACGGUUGCUUGCCUUUGUGACAGCAACUCUCCAGUCGAUUGCCUCUUCGAUAUUGACUCGGUCCGAUUCUGCCGCCAUUACGACGCAGACAGACGCCCCUACUUCGAGUGACGCUAUGAUCUCGAAUGACACUGCCGAGGCGGACGUUACGAUGCCUCCAGUGUCCCGCUUGCAUCCCCGGGCUCUACCGGUGCGUGUUGAAUACACAACCGCAUCCGACGACCGAGGCUCAUACCCACUCCAUAUGGUUCAUUUAGCACCAGGAUCAAGACUCCUCAGCGAGGCGAAAGCCCAUGGAGAAUGCAGCACUUGCCUCUAA